AAAUAGAAAAUAUAGAUAAAAAAAGAAAAAGAAAUAAGGUGUAGUGUAAAGCUUCACAAGAAGAUCCACUGCUACUGAAACUUGUGCGCAACCACUGGAACUUUCCUCCGUCGCGAAAACCACCGUCAAAUUCAUCUCCGUCACCGCUAAAUUCAGCAGCACCCGCUGCUAUGUUUGUUGUCGGUUUCAUUUGCAGUAACACUUCUCAAACACUCUCAAACCCCACAAAGAUGAAAACUUUCCCCUCAAUUCAACCACACCACAAUUUCCAUUUCCCAAUAUUUUUCUCUUCUACUUCCAUAAGGGCUCAAUUUCCUUUCUCUGCAAGGGUCAUCUUUUGUCAGGCAAAAUCUGACUUUUCAUGGUGCUUUUAACUCAGGCACAAAUGGUUCAUUAACCGUAAAACUGUUGCCUCCAACCCUAUUAGCAGCUGAAAAGGAAGAAGCCAAAGCUGUAUUAACCUUGUUUUUGAAGAAACAAGGUAUGAGCAAUGCAAAUGCAGCAAGAACCAUCAACAAAUCAGAUCCUUUUAUUGAUCACCUUCUCUCAAAGCUUCACUUGAAACACAAAACUUGGUACCUUUCAGGGAGAGAGCUUACAACACUUGAGAUCAGGGAUGCUCUAAUCUCUUAUCUCGAAUCCCUUUUUGAAGAGCAUGGAAAAAUUCUAGUGGAUGUAGUGGAAAACUAUCCAAACCCGCCUGUUAAGGAUAAAUCAGCUGUGCCAAUUCCCCCUCCUAAGCCUAGUCCAGUGGUAGACUCGAAGAAACCUAAAGCUGUGUCUCGAGUGAGUGAGAUAGACCCUGUUGCCGGAAAUCUUCGCCCUCAUAUUGUUUAUCUCAUGGAACUUGGAAUGGAUAUUGAGCAGAUUAGGACUAUUUUGCGACGAUUUCCAGCUUUCGCCUAUUAUAGCUUGGAGGGUAAAAUUAAGCCGGUGGUUGAGUUUUUUCUUGAACUUGGAGUACCAAAAGAAAAAAUUCUUAUUAUUCUCAUCAAAAGGCCUCAAUUAUGUGGAAUCAGUCUAUCCGAAAAUCUUAAGCCCACCAUGAAGUUCUUCGAAUCUUUGGGCGUUGACAAGAAACAAUGGGCAAAGGUGAUCUAUCGCUUCCCAGCUCUGCUAACUUACAGCAAACAGAAGAUUAACGAAAGUGUUGAUUUUCUCCAUGAAUUAGGCCUCUCAGAAGAGAGCAUAGGUAAGAUUAUAACUCGCUGCCCCAAUAUUGUUAGUUACAGUGUAGAGGACAAUCUCCGACCAACAGCAACAUACUUCCGUUCUUUAGGGGUUGAUGUUGGCAUUCUUCUAUUCAAGUGUCCACAAAAUUUUGGUCUUAGCAUCGAGGCCAAUAUAAAGCCUGUAACAGAAUUUUUCUUGGAGAGGGGAUACACGUUGGAAGAAAUCGGGAUGAUGAUUUCGAGAUACGGCGCAUUGUACACUUUCAGCUUGACCGAGAAUUUGAUGCCAAAAUGGGAUUUCUUUAUGACUAUGGAUUAUCCAAAUUCUGAGCUGAUUAAAUUCCCUCAGUUUUUUGGAUAUAGUUUAGAACAGAGGAUUAAACCGAGAUACGCACGCGUGAAAAGUUCAGGGGUAAGAUUACUGCUGAAUCAGGUUCUUUCACUGUCAAGCAGCAACUUUGAAGAGGUCUUGAAAAAGAAAAUGAAGAAAUUGCAAGUUGGUUAGGAUAUUUUUUUAUAACAGCAAAGGUUGUUCAAUCUCAUAAUGAAAAAAUUGAGACUUUCGGGCAAUGUCUCAAGUCAUAAGAUGGCCAUGACUGUUUUGUUUUUUUUUCGAUCAAUAGCAUUACAAAUUACAACUUUUAAUUCACAUAUGAAGUGAAAAGUUGCAGAUGCAGUUGAUGGCCACGAAGUUAAGCAUCUUAAUUGAAGUGACUUUGGAACAUGUUAGCAUCUGAAACCAAUUUUUUUUGCAGGGUUUUUGACAUGAAUGACAUUGGUCAAAUCUGCUUGCAAGUUGGUAUUAACAUUGUAUAUGUGAUUGUAUUUAUCUCCAUAUAGUAAUUGGAGUACUUGUUGUGUACUUGGUAAAAUAGAUUAUUAGAGGAUGCAAUUGGUAACAUGUAAUCAGAUUUUAGUACUAGUUUAUUGUAACGAGGACAUUCUGAUGGGAAAAAACCUGUGUUUCUGUAGCAUUUUUAUGUACCAUAUGGUGAGACCAUGAGAAGAGUUGAUUGGCCAUAUAGUCAAUACCUCUCACACAUUAUCUUGAUACACCCUUAUAUUUGCUAGAUUAUUAUUACUCAUAUCUUGAGAGA